GCCCAAUAUUUUAAUGACCACAUGAACCAAAAAGCCUACAUGAAGUUCCGAGCGACCAAAAUAGAAGCAGGCAGUCCUAGUCACUUCCGGCGCACGGAGUUCCCGCUUUGCCGUCGCCGGUUUCCCCAGUCCGGCCGUCCGUACUGUGGAACGGAAUCCACCGCCUAUCCCUAGCCAGCCGAACCAACUCAGUCAAAAUAGAAUUCCAGGUUUUUGAGGAAGAUGCCGAAAGGAUCUAAAAAGCGUGCCAGAGUAGAGUCUGAACCACCCUACCAGCUCGAUUCACUUCCAUGGAACUCUUCUCUCCCUGAGAACGACGGCGCCCUCGACCUUCUCUUAGGUUCCAAUGAACUCGGAGGAGGGUUUUUAUCACUGGAAGAGAUUGACGAAGAAAAUUAUGAAUUGGAGAUUCAAAAGUUGAGUGGAGGAAAUGAGAAGCUUAAGACACAAGCAAAAAAGCAGAAAAUAGAUGAGAGUCACAAUGAUUCAAAGGCCGAAGGCCGAAAAGAUGAUGAGGAAAGCAAUCAGAACAGAAAGAAAAAAAGUAAGAAGAACAAAGAUAAUCUGCCGAGCAAAGCAAAAGAAAAUAAAGGAUUGAUGGCUGGCUUUUUGUCGAUGGAAGAGGUUGAUGAAGUUAAAUAUGAAUUCGAGACGUCAAAGUUGAGUGGAGGAAAUGAGAAGCCAAAGUCAAAGAUGAAGACACAAACAAAAAAGCAGAAAAUAUUUAAAGGUCGUAGUGAUUCAAAUGGUGAAGAGGCCGAAGACAAAGAUGUUGAAGAAAAGAAUCAAAAGAAAAAGAAAAGAAGUAAGAAGAACAAGGAUAAUCUGGCAAAUAGAGCAAAAGAAAUUACAGGAUCAAUGUCUGGCGAUUUAGAAGAGGAUUUAGUAGAUGAUAUUGAGUUCUGUGCAUGGAAUGAACUGAGACUUCAUCCCCUGCUUAUGAAAUCAAUACUGAGACUGAAUUUCAAAGAACCAACGCCAAUACAAAGAGCUUGCAUUCCUGCUGCUGCUCAUCAAGGAAAGGAUGUUAUAGGUGCUGCAGAGACUGGAUCAGGAAAAACACUUGCAUUUGGUUUACCCAUUCUUCAACGCCUUCUUGAAGAAAAAGAAAAAGCUGACCGACUUACUGCAACAAAUGGAGAGGUAGAUGAAAGAAUAGCUCCUAGAGAGCUUCUUCGGGCGCUAAUUAUAACUCCUACAAGAGAGCUUGCACUUCAGAUCUCAGAUCACAUAAGGGCAGUGGCAAAACAUACCGAUAUAAGGGUUGUUGCAAUUGUUGGUGGUAUGGCAACUCAGAAGCAAGAAAGACUUUUGAAAAGAAGACCAGAAAUUGUUGUUGGCACUCCUGGGAGACUUUGGGAACUUAUGUCAAGUGGAGAAAUUCAUCUUGUAGAGCUACAUUCAUUGUCAUUCUUUGUGCUGGAUGAGGCUGACCGUAUGAUAGAAGCUGGGCACUUCCAGCAGUUGCAGUCCAUAAUUGAUAUGCUUCCCAUGUCCAGCGGAUCAAUUAAUGGGCAUUCUUCAGAAACACAGAAUGGCACAACUGUUUCAAGUGUUCAAAGAAAGAAAAGGCAAACUUUUGUCUUUUCUGCAACCCUUGCCCUAUCUGCCGAUUUUCGGAAAAAACUAAAGCACAGUUCAAAAAAGUCAAAGUUUGAUGGCGAGCUAAAUUCAUUUGAAACUCUUUCAGAGAGAGUCGGAAUGCGAGAAAAUGUUGCUAUAGUUGACCUAACUAAUGCAUCAAUAAUGGCAAAUAAACUUAUGGAGUCGCUCAUUGAGUGCACGGAAGAAGAUAAAGAUGGAUAUCUUUAUUAUAUCUUGAGUGUUCAUGGGAAAGGGCGCACAAUUGUUUUCUGUACAUCUGUUGCUGCAUUAAGGCAUCUUGCCUCAACACUGCGCAUUCUUGGUCUCAAUGUUUCAACACUUCAUGCCAAGAUGCAGAUGCAAGCACGACUUAAGGCAAUUGAUCGUUUUCGCGUUGAUGAAAGUGGCAUACUUAUUGCUACAGAUGUUGCAGCCAGAGGCAUUGAUAUUCCCGGUGUUCGAACUGUUGUUCAUUACCAGCUUCCACAUUCAGCUGAGGUUUACGUUAAUAGAUGUGGAAGAACUGCCAGAGCUUUCUCGGACGGAUGUAGUAUUGCGCUAAUCUCUCCAAAUGAUGCAUCAAAGUUUGCUUCUCUAUGCAAGUCGUUUGCAAGGGAAAGCUUCCAACGAUUUCCUGUAGUGAUGUCAUACAUGCCAGAGGUUGUGAAGCGAUUAUCCCUUGCCCAUCAAAUAGACAAAUUUCUUAAGAAGGACUCUCAGGAUAAGGCCAAGAAAACAUGGUUUGAACGGAAUGCUGAUUCAGUUGGAUUGGAGUUGGCUAGUGAUGAUAGUGAGGAGGAAAGGGUGAAUUCCCAUAAGCGACAAAAAGCUACCACUGCUCAUUUAAAGAAUUUGCAGCAGGAGCUGAAUUCUCGCCUUUCCCUUCCAUUACAACCCAAGACAUUUUCAAGUCGCUUUUUGGCAGGGUCUGGGGUUUCUCCUCUCUUGCAAAAUCAAUUAGAGGAACUAGCUAAGCAAAGACUUGGCCAAACAAGUAAUAGUGUGAACAACAAAAGGAAAAGUUUGUUGGUUAUGGGACAGGAUCUUGUAGAACCACUCCAGGCACUUCAAAGUGCUGGGCCAGGGGCACAUCUGGAUUUUAAGGACAUUGCAGAAAAGAGGAAAAAUUGGGACAACAUAAGGAGAAAGAGGAAAGAAGCGAAAAAACGUCAGCGCGAGGAACGCCGAAAGCAGAAGAAAAGGGAAAAGGUUGCAAGGUGCGCGGCAAACGAGGCGAAACUCUUGGAGUAAGACAAUCACAAUCUCAUUUCUUGUGUUUGAGUUUAACAUUAUAAUUUCAGUCCAGAACUGCAUUUCUUUUGGUGUCGUCU